AUGGUGAAGGAGAUGAAGAAGGUUGCUGAACCGGAAAGAACCCCACUCUUGCUCAUUUUUAUUUCUCUGCUUUCUUCAGGUUUUGUUGCCCAUGCAGUACCCUAUGACUACACAGCAAGUAUUGAGUGCCUAGAAACCCCACAAAAGGCUCAAUACAAUGGAGGAGGCAUAGUGAACCCUGAACUGAAUGAUGGUUUGGCGGGAUGGAGCACAUUCGGGAACGCCAAACUUGAACACAGAGAAUCCCCAAGUGGCAAUGGCUUCAUUCUGGCUCAGACAAGAGCUCAACCUUUCGAUAGUGUAUCUCAGAAAGUCGAGCUGAAGACGAACCUCCUCUACACUUUCUCUGCUUGGCUACAAGUGAGCCAGGGGAACCCGAGCGUGGCAGCUGUUUUCAAGACAUCAAGCGGGUAUGUUGAAGCUGGAACCGUGAUUGCCAAGCCUGGGUGUUGGUCAAUGCUCAAGGGUGGGCUCACUGUGGAAACCUCAGGCGAGGCUUCUCUCUUCUUCCAGACCCAAAACUCCACAGCGGACGUAAUGGUUGACAGCAUCUCCCUGCAACCAUUCACUCCAGAAGAAUGGAAGUCUCACCAGGAUCAGACCAUGGACAAGGUCCGGAAGGCCAAAGUUAGGAUACAAGUAGUGGACAAGCUAGGGAACUCCCUGCCCAAAGCAACAGUUUCCGUCCAACAAAAUGCACUGACCUUCCCUCUGGGAUGUGCCAUCAACAAGAACAUCCUCACCAACGCCGCCUACGAAAAGUGGUUCGCGUCAAGAGCGUUUAGAGUUACGACAUUUGAGGAUGAAAUGAAGUGGUACAGCACCGAACCCACGAGGGGCCACGAGGACUACUCCGCAGCAGACGCAUUGCUCGAGUUCGCCAAGCAGCACAAGUUGGCAGUUCGGGGCCACAACGUCCUGUGGGACGAUCCGACUUACCAGCAAGGGUGGCUGAAUUCCCUAUCCCCACAAGAACUCAGCGUCGCUGUCGAUAACAGGAUUCAUUCUGUGAUGUCCAAGUACAAGGGCCAGGUGAUCGCGUGGGAUGUUAUGAACGAGAAUCUCCACUUCUCCUACUUCGAGACCAAACUUGGGCCGAAUGCUUCAGGGCAUGCCUACAAUUUGGCUAGCAGAACUGAUGGCACGAUCCCGUUGUUCAUGAACGAGUACAACACGAUAGAGGAAGUCACCGAUCCAAUGUCGACCCCAGCAAAAUACCUGCAGAAGUUGAGGGAAAUCCAGGCAUAUUCUGGUAACGCAGACAUCAAGAUGGCAAUUGGCUUGGAGUCUCAUUUUGUGACCCCUAACAUCCCCUACAUGAGAGCCUCCAUCGACAUUCUAGCUGCUGCAGGUCUCCCCAUUUGGCUCACAGAAGUCGAUGUCAAACAAGGUCCAAAACAAGCAAUCUACCUAGAGGAAGUUCUAAGGGAGGGGUUUUCGCAUCCGGAGGUGGAGGGGAUAGUGGUGUGGGGCGCAUGGAAUCCGAAAGGCUGCUACAGAAUGUGCUUGACGGAUAACAAUUUCAACAACUUGGCAACAGGGGACGUGGUGGACCGCCUGCUGCAAGAAUGGGGCGGCUCUAAAGAGCCUCUAGUAUUGGGAGAAACUGAUGAAAAUGGGUUUCUGGAAGCUUCCCUCUUCCAUGGUGACUACAAUGUCACAAUCGCUCAUCCUGGUGUCAACAGUUUGGCUUUGCCUCAGAGGAUGAUCGUGGCUUCUGUAGCACCUACACAAGCACAACCAUCUGUUGUCAAAGUUACCGUAUAA